UGGGGUCCAGUCCUCGUGUAUGAUUGGUCCAUACGGGGGGGGAAAACGGGCUUUCCACUGAAGUCUCGGCUUUACCCUGAGAUUCCAGCCCUCCGUCUUAUUCUGCGUGUGUGCCUGUAUGUGUGUCUCUGUGUGUGUGAGUGCGUGUGUGUGUGUGAGCGGUGUAAUGACAAACGCCGCAUUUCCAGAACGUUUCUCGCGGUUGAAGUCAGGCCGAAACUCUGGAAAAUACCUCAUCUGUAAAUAUCACAGAGAGAGCUGUUGGGUGUUUGCGGCAGGACUUUAAGUGCCAGAACCAGUACCAUGUCCAGGUCAACAGGGGGCGGUGCCAAUGAUGUCACUCGCUUCCUCUCCACUGGGGCAGGACCUGCUUCCCCUACCUCCGUUUUCUCUGCUUCAAGCCAGGCCGACUGGGCGGCCAAGAGGCUUGUGUGGGUGCCCUCGGAGAAGCAUGGCUUUGAGGCUGCCAGCGUGCGCGAGGAGAGGGGGGACGAGGUGGAGGUGGAGCUGAUGGACAGCAGCCGACGGGUGACCUUGUCCCGAGAGGAGGUGCAGCGCAUGAACCCCCCUCGCUUCAGCAAGGUGGAGGACAUGGCCGAUCUCACAUGCCUCAAUGAGGCCUCCGUCCUGCACAACCUGAGAGAGAGAUACUACUCGGGCCUCAUCUACACGUACUCAGGAUUGUUCUGUGUGGUCAUCAACCCAUACAAGAACCUGCCUAUAUAUACGGAGUCCAUUGUGGAGAUGUACCGGGGGAAGAAACGACACGAAAUGCCACCCCACAUUUACGCCAUCUCCGAGGCUGCCUACAGGAGCAUGCUGCAAGACCGGGAAGAUCAAUCCAUCUUGUGCACGGGAGAAUCGGGAGCAGGGAAGACUGAGAAUACCAAGAAAGUCAUCCAGUACUUGGCUCACGUGGCCUCGUCCCACAAAACAGGAACGCUCGGGAGGAGUAAAGACACGACGGAUAACUCCAAAUCCACCCAGAGGGGCAGUGGACUGGUGAACAGGGGCGUGCAGUAUGGGGAGCUGGAGAGGCAGUUACUGCAGGCCAAUCCCAUCCUGGAGGCUUUUGGCAAUGCCAAGACUGUGAAAAACGACAACUCAUCUCGAUUUGGAAAAUUCAUCCGCAUUAAUUUUGAUGUGGCUGGGUACAUAGUUGGUGCAAACAUUGAGACCUACCUCCUAGAAAAGUCUCGUGCCAUCCGUCAGGCAAAGGACGAGAGGACCUUUCACAUCUUCUACCAGCUCCUGUGUGGAGCCUCGGAGGCCAUGAGAGGGGACCUGCUCCUAGGCAGUGCUGAUCAGUACCGCUUUCUGAGUGGAGGGUCCAUCCCAGUGCCGGGGCAGAGCGAUGCUGAGAACUUCACGCAGACCAUGGACUCCAUGACUAUCAUGGGCUUCACUCAGGAGGAGGCCAUGUCCAUGAUGAAGGUGAUUUCUGCUGUGCUGCAGUUUGGAAACAUUUCAUUCCACAAGGAAAAGAAUUCAGACCAGGCCUCCAUGCCGGAUGACACCGCUGCCCAAAAACUCUGCCACCUUUUGGGGAUAAGUGUGGUGGAGUUCAGCCGGGCUAUCCUGACCCCCAGGAUAAAAGUGGGAAGGGAGUAUGUCCAGAAGGCACAGACCAAAGAGCAGGCUGACUUUGCCGUAGAGGCUUUGGCAAAGGCAACGUAUGAGCGCCUGUUUCGCUGGCUGGUCCACCGCAUCAACCGCGCUCUGGAUCGUAGGCAGAGACAAGGCGCCUCCUUUAUUGGCAUCCUGGAUAUUGCUGGCUUUGAGAUCUUUCAGCUGAACUCGUUCGAGCAGCUUUGUAUAAAUUACACUAAUGAGAAGCUACAGCAGCUCUUCAACCACACCAUGUUUGUCCUGGAGCAAGAGGAGUACCAGAGGGAGGGCAUUGAGUGGAACUUCAUAGACUUUGGACUGGACCUACAGCCCUGUAUCGACCUCAUAGAACGGCCGGCACAUCCCCCAGGAGUGCUGGCCCUGCUGGACGAGGAGUGCUGGUUCCCAAGGGCCACAGACCGCUCUUUCGUGGAAAAACUGUCCGUGGAACAGGGCUCACACCCCAAAUUCUAUCGUCCCCGCCAGCUGCGUCAGGAGGCUGACUUCUCCAUCCUGCACUAUGCUGGGAAGGUGGACUACAAGGCAGAUGAGUGGUUGGUAAAGAACAUGGACCCCUUGAAUGACAAUGUAGCCUCUCUCCUUCAUCAGUCUUCUGAUCACUUCAUCUCUGAGCUGUGGAGAGAAGAUAUUCAGACUCUCCCUCGUGUUUACUUUUUCGACUCCUAUGCCACGCUGCAGACUAAUGGCUCUGACAUGGAAAGGAUUGUGGGCCUUGACCAGGUGGCGUCUGGAGGUUUGGGUGAAGGGAGUGGUGGCGUGACCUUCGGAGCAGCAGGGUUGAAGACCAAGAAGGGCAUGUUCCGCACAGUGGGCCAGCUGUACAAGGAGUCGCUCACCAAACUGAUGGCCACGCUGAGGAACACCAAUCCCAACUUCUUGCGUUGUAUCAUCCCCAACCAUGAAAAGAGGGCAGGCAAGCUGAACCCACACUUGGUUCUUGAUCAGCUCCGAUGUAAUGGAGUCUUAGAGGGCAUUCGGAUCUGCAGACAGGGUUUCCCCAACCGCAUCCCCUUCCAGGAGUUCAGGCAAAGGUAUGAGAUUCUCACUCCUAAUGCCAUUCCGCGUACUUUCAUGGAUGGUAAACAAGCCUCUGAGCUCAUGAUCAGUGCCUUGGAACUGGACCGGAACCUAUUCAGGGUGGGUCAGAGCAAAGUCUUCUUCCGGGCUGGUGUUCUGGCCCAUUUAGAGGAGGAAAGAGACCUGAAGAUCACAGACACCAUCAUCCGCUUCCAGAGUGUGGCCAGAGGCUUUCUAGCACGAAGGGCAUUCCUCAAGAAGCAGCAGCAGCUCAGUGCGCUCCGGGUGAUGCAGAGGAACUGUGCUGCCUAUCUGAAGCUGAGGAAUUGGCAGUGGUGGCGGCUCUUUACCAAGGUGAAGCCGCUCCUGCAGGUGACACGUCAAGAUGAAGAGAUCCAAGCGAGGGAGGCAGAACUACAGAAAGCCAAAGAGAACCUGUCCAAAGUGGAGCAAGAAUUCAAUGAGCUGGAAAGGAAACAUCAGCAGUUGCUGGAGGAGAAAGCAGUGCUUACCGACCAGCUGCAGGCAGAGGCAGAGCUCUUUGCAGAAGCAGAGGAGAUGAGGGCGAGGUUGGCAAGUCGGAAGCAGGAACUAGAAGAUGUGCUAAGUGAACUGGAAGGUCGUCUGGAGGAGGAGGAAGAACGAGGUGUGCAGCUGGCCAGUGAGAAGAAGCGGCUGCAGCAGAACGUCCAGGACUUGGAGGAGCAGCUAGAAGAGGAGGAGGGGGCUCGACAGCGCCUUCUGCUUGAGAAGGUGACCCUGGAGACAAAAGUGAAGAGUCUGGAGACUGAGACACUGACGCUUAGCGAGCAGCGAGAUCGACUCAGCAAGGAGAAGAAGCAGCUUGAGGAACGACUGAGCGAGGUGACGGACCAACUAACUGAGGAGGAGGAGAAAGUGAAGAGCCUGAACAAGCUCAAGAACAAGCAGGAGGCUAUUAUCGCUGACCUGGAGGAACGACUGAAGCGGGAGGAGCAGGGUCGACUGGAGCAGGAAAAGUGGAGGCGCAGGAUGGAAAGCGAAGCAGCGGAGGCCCAGGAGCAGCUGUCCGAGUUGGGACUGCUAGCUGCGGAGCUGAGGGGGACCCUGACCCAGAGAGAGAAGGAGAUCACCACCCUGCAAGCGAGGCUGGAGGAGGAGGGAGCCAGGAGGGGAGAGGCACAGAGGGCCCUGAGGGAAGCCACAUCCCAGGUGUCAGAGUUAAAGGAGGAGGUGGAGAAUGAGCGGGGCAUGAGGGAAAGGGCAGAGAAGCAGAGGAGGGACCUUGGAGAGGAACUGGAAGCUCUGAGGACAGAACUGGAGGACACACUGGACACCACCGCUGCCCAGCAGGAGCUGAGGUCCCGGAGGGAAGCAGAGUUAGGAGAGCUUCAGCGCUGCGUGGAGGAAGAGACGCGUCGGCACGAAGCGCAGCUGUCCGAGCUCCGUGUUCGCCACUGCGCUGCCAUAGACUCCCUGCAGGAGCAGCUGGACAACAGCAAGAGGGCACGUCAGUCACUGGAGAAGGCCAAGGCUGUCCUGGAGGAGGAGAGGGCCAGCCUGACCGCAGAGCUGAAAGCCCUUCAGGGCAGCAAGAUGGAGAGCGAGAGGGGCAGGAAGCGGGCCGAAAACCAAGUGCAAGAGCUGACCGUCCGCCUGGCGCAGGCUGACCGAGAGAGGGAGGAGCGGGAGGAACGAGUGCAUAAGCUGCAGUCUGAGAUCGAGUCACUCUCCGGCUCUCUGUCCUCAUCCGAGUCCAAAGGCCUUCGUCUCAAUAAGGAGGUGAACACUCUAGAGAGCCAGCUUCAUGAUGCCCAGGAACUCCUACAAGAUGAGACAAGACAGAAAUUGGCCUUGGGGUCCCGGGUUCGAGCGCUUGAGGAAGAGCGGACAGCCUUGAUAGAGCGAGUCGAGGAAGAGGAGGAAAGGGUGAAGGAGCUGAACAGGCAGAUCCAGACACACACUCAGCAGCUGGCUGAGCUGCGACGGCAGCUGGAGGAGGUGAAUUCAGCUGUGGAGGCAGGUGAGGAAUGCCGGCGGAAGCUGCAGCGGGAGCUGGAGAACGCAAACCAGCGGGAGCGGUCACGGGAGGAGGAAAAGGAGCGCCUGGAGCGACAAAGAGAGCGCCUGCGGGAGGAGAUCGAGGACAUGACCCUGGCUCUUCAACGCGAGCGGCAGAACUGCACCGCACUGGAGAAGAGGCAGAAGAAGUUUGACCAGUGCCUGGCAGAGGAGAAGGCCAUCAGCGCCCGACUGGCAGAGGAGCGGGACCGGGCGGAGGCAGAGAGUCGGGAGAAGGAAACGCGUGCCCUGUCUCUAUCGCGUGCCUUGCAAGAGGCCACUGAGCAGAAGGAGGAGCUGGAGCGCAUCAACAAGCAGCUGCGUGCCGAUAUGGAGCAACUGGUCAAUGCACAAGAUGACGUGGGCAAGAAUGUCCAUGAGCUGGAGCGGUCCCGUCGGACCCUGGAAACGGAGGCCCAGGCCCUGCGAGCACAGACCCAGGAGCUCGAGGAGGAACUAGCAGAAGCGGAAAACUCAAGACUAAGGCUUGAGGUCACAUUGCAGGCACUGAGGGCCCAGUUUGAGAGGGAGAUCAGCAGUAAAGAGGAGAAAGGGGAGGAAAAGCGGAGAGCGCUCAACAAGCAGGUACGAGAACUGGAGUCCCAGUUGGAGGAGGAGCGCAGCCAGCGCGCUCAGGCACUAUCAGUCAAGAAGCAGCUGGAAACAGAGCUUCAGGAGGCCGAGGCCCAGGUGGAAGCAGCCAACCGAGGCAGGGAGGAGGUCCUGAGGCAGCUGCGACGGCUGCAGACUCAGAUGAAGGAUGCGCUGCGGGAGCUCGAUGAGACUAAACUCGCUCGGGAUGAGGUGGUCGCCCAAUCCAAAGACAGCGAGAAGCGGCUGCAAACCCUGGAGGCAGAGCUGCUGCAGUUGACGGAGGAACUGGCCAACUCAGAGAGGCUCAAGAGACAAGCUCAGCAGGAGCGGGAUGAAAUGGCAGAAGAAAUCCUUAACAGCUCCACUGGGAAGUCUGCCCUGUGUGAAGAGAAGAGAAGGUUGGAGGCUCGGGUGACCCAGCUGGAGGAGGAGCUGGAGGAGGAGCAGAGCAAUGCCGAGCUGUUGGCUGAAAGGCAGCGCAAGACUACUCUGCAAGUGGAAACCCUGACGGUGCAGCUGGCUGGAGAGCGCACUUUGUACCAAAAGAGUGAGAGUGCACGGGAACAACUGGAGAGACAGAACAAGGAGCUGAAAGCCAGGCUUGGAGAGUUGGAGGGGGCCAUGAGAGGAAAACACCGCCUCAGUGUCGCCGCCCUAGAGGCCAAGAUUGAUGCCAUGGAGGAGCAGCUGGAGCAAGAGAGACAGGAGCGAGCGCUUGCCAAUAAGAUGGUACGAAAAACGGAGAAGAAGCUGAAGGAGGUGUUGAUGCAGGCAGAGGAUGAGAGGAGACAUGCCGACCAGUACAGAGAACAGCUGGACAAGUCUAUGGGGCGCCUGCGGCAGCUGAAGCGGCAGCUAGAGGAGGUGGAGGAAGAAAACUCUCGCACCAAUGCUCAGCGCCGUAAGCUGCAGAGAGAACUGGAGGAGAUGACGGACAGCAGUCAGAGCAUGAGCCGGGAGAUUGCUGCCCUACGCAAUCAGCUUAGACGUGCCCCUCUGCCCCUCUCCCUCCGCACCGCCCGCCGAGCGCUGGUGGAUGACCUUUCUCUGGAGAACUCUGAUUCAGAGGAGCCUCCCACAUCGCCAUCCCCAUCUCCGGGCUUCCCUGGCACUCCCACUCCCUCUGAGCACAACCUGGACCCCCCGAUCCCAUACAACCUGACAGACACAGAGUGAGAAGGUGGGACUUUUACUCUCUGACACUAAAUCAGCCUAGUGACUUGACGCCAUGCUGCAGUGGUUCUGCUGUGAGAGCUGCAGCAAGGUGGGACAACCAAGAAACCCCACACAACCAUGGGGUGUAUAUUGAAAAAAAAAAAAAAAAAAAAAAAAAACUGACUCAUUGAAAACAGAAAAAAAACAGCACCUAGAAACGGAAAAAAAAUACAAGAAUCUUUCAGAAGUAUCACAGUAAGCCCAAGUGAAUUGGCAUAGUUCUCUUUUAAUAUAUUCUGCUUGACACAUAAGCACCUUGAUGCUUUAUUCAGAUAAUAGCUCUUUGAAUUUAAAGCCAGAUUUGGUAAGGCAUUUUUUGCAUGGGCUUGCAAAAAAAAAAGGUGGCAAAAACAUAGAGGAAUAAUAAAGAUGGGAAAAAUACCUUUAUGCUUUGUGUAAAUGUAUAAAUAGUGAGUUCUUGGUUCUGCUAUUAUGAAAACAUCCCAUGACUGCCAUAUGGUAGCAAUACUAGUAAGCUUUGGUACUUUUUCAUGAUUUCUGCUUUGUCUCUCUCUCUUUUUCUCUCUCUCUCUUUCUUUCUCUCCCCCUCUCGCUCUGAAAAAGGCAGUAACUUUAAUGUUGUAGAAUAUUUACUAUACUUUUGGUCUCGACCCACCAAAGCAUUUGAGAGUCACCGAUUCGGACUGAAAGAGUCGCUGAUAUUUCACUUGCCCAAGCGAGUUAACGCAACAGUUAAAUAGUUAACGCAGUAUGUGCUUCAAAUUACAGAUUACAGCUGGAUCUGUUUCUCAAGCAAAAUUUACUUGAGCAUGGAAACAGAGAGAGAUGGAGUGAAACAAAGUCUUCAGCAUCUUAAUCUUGUAUGUAUACCUGAAUGUGACCAGCAAAACGUUUUUUUUAGGGAAACGCACAUAGGCUUAACUGUAGCAUCUGGAAAUCUGGAAAACCCAAGUAGUGGAAAUGGCACAGAUUAAAGCAGAGGUCUCACGCCCAGGUCCUCGUGGUCUCUUUGCAGGUUGUUAACAUAAAUUUAAUUGAUUUUUUUUUUUUUUUCCUCUUAAUACCUCAUUUUACUCCUUCAAAGUAUAUGUUGUUGUUUGAACCUUGACUUUUCCUGCAGAAAAGCAUUUUGGACAUUUGCAGAGUUGUAUGAGUAACAGAGGUAAUUAAGAGAGGACGACGGGUUGGAGUGAAAGCAGCGCAUCGUGCAGGACUUCGCUUUCGAGAUCCUUGGUUCAGAAACGUAUCCGCGUUCUGAAAGUGUUGCUUCAGAUAUAACCCUAAAACUUUCACAAUGAAAAUGUAGAUUUUUUUGAUAACAUUUCAGCAGCUAAGUACUUUCCGAGUGUAGUGCAGUGUUCUGUGUCCAAGUACGAACAGUUGUUUAAUUUGAUUAAAAAAACAUGUACUGUAGAUAGGUAUGCAGGUAGGUAGGUAGGAUAUAUUUGCUUAUCAGCUUUCUUAUAUCGCUUCUGUUGCAAACAGUUGAAUUCAAGUGAUCUUGAAUUGUCAAUCAGCUUAAUCAUGCCCUGCUUUAUUUAUUGCUUUGUAUGACAUUUGUUUUCCUAAACAUAUUAUCUUUUUGAAAUGUGUUGAUAUACUGCUGUCAGUUCUGGCACUGGCUCCGGCACAUCUCACGGUAAUCUGACUUCUUGGCCUUUGCACUGGAAAAAGCACAAAUGUGGCAGUGAUUUGUGCCCAGGUUCUGAAUUGUCCAGUUGUGAGCUGCUGCAGCUAUGAAAUUGAUAUUUAUGCUGAAAACUGAAUGUUUGAACAGCCUGAGACACCCCAGGAAUAGGUUUGAUAAUAUGUAAAGUGCACUGACUAUGAGGUUAAUUAAAUUAGGUUAAUAGACUAUUGUAUUGAUAGUUAUUAACAAAUGGCCAAACUGUAAAAGAUGUUUUAAAUUGUUUUCAUUAUGAAGAAAUGGGAAUAAGAGUCCUGGUCAUUUUGAAAGCUACUCAUUCAUUCAUUAAGUUCAUAUCAGUAUCAGACAUCAGCAGCAUUGUUUUUAAGAUACGGAAAUAUUGUGCAAUGUAAUUUUUUAUUGUUUGUGUAAAAUGUUUGUAAAUCAUUUAAUCAUGUAAAUGUGUUUUUUCCAAAUGUAUGGAUUGAUUUUAGAAUAUCAAAAAGAACUAUUGUAGGUGUAGAAAAGUACAUAUUUACAAAAUGUGUAAAACCCUGAACAUGGGCAUAAACUCUCAAAACUUUCACCCUGUGGGUUUUUUGCCUUAGACGUUUUCCAGGGCACUUUUUCAUCUGUCGUACCCUGUUUGUACAAGUGAAGACCUUUCUAAUGUUGUAUACAGCAAUGUGGAGAACACAGAUAAUUUGUUAAAGAGGCUAUUUACGUGAGGAAUUAAAAUGUGCAAGUACAGAGUGUGACAGCAGAACAACUCCCCUGUGCAAACCAAAUCUGUUCGUAGGGAAAAGUGAGCGUGGUCUGAAUGAGUGAAACAUGCAUUUUUCCUCAGUCACAAUGGACGUCUCUUCUGGAUGUUAGUCUCGUCCAGUUCAUAGGAUAAUUUUACUUGUUAAUUUCGAAAUUAAUGUCUUCAACUUUUCUUUAAAUUAUUCACCCUCUUCCACAUUUGGACUCCGCAUUAUUUUUGAAGCCAGUUGCUUACCUAUACUCAACUGGUCUUUGAGAGCAUCAAAGUCUAGUGGUUUACAUUUAUGGUUUACAUGGACUCUCAUCCUGUACAGCAGAAUUUUGCUGCCUUCUAUAAAGAUGGCAGGUUUUGUUUGCACAGAUGCUGUUAAAGUAAGAUAUAGGUGCAGUAUUACCGCUCUGAUGUGCGUUUCAAUUUUCAGGUGACGUUGUCCCACAAGAAGUAUUUGCGAUCGUAUAAUCCGUGUUGUUCCUUUUGGACUUUAUUGCGCAAGAAAUGAUACUAAGGAUGAAACAAGAAAAAAAAAGAAGCCUGCUUCUGUAUAAUGGUGCUUCUACAUAAUGUCUGGUUUCUUCCUGUCCAUUCAUAAUCCUUGCAGCACCCUGGUCAUUUAAUUCUUUGAGGCGCUCUGUUACCGCUCACUUUUUGCAGUAACAUUUUAAGAGGUUCAUUAUGUACCUUAGAAAUGGUUUAAAAUGAUCUUUUUGGAGAAUUUGUUUCUUGUGCUUCUCGUGCCCAGUAUUUAUUUUAAUUGGAACUACUGUACUGCAAAAAAAGUCAAACGGAGACAAAGGAUUUUAAGUAAUUGUGUGCUUUCCAUGUUGUUCCAAUAGAUGGCAAUAAACUUCUCACUAAUCAGUUUGUCAGUCAUGGACUCCCUGAAGAGCUGGACCGCAGUCCUCCUCUGGAAGGUCCCCAUCUUCCUGUUUGUGUAUCCUCGCUCACUGGGUUCAACACACCAGUACAUCAGCAGUUCUUUUACAAACUUCCCAGAGGUGUUUGAAAUUUUUAAUAAAGGUGUCAACGUUCUUUAUUUCAA